AUGGCAGAGAAUGAUGUCUGGUUGAUUACCGGGUGCUCCUCUGGGCUGGGCAAAGCUCUUGCGGAGUACUCCUACAAGGCGGGCUCUGUCGUUGUGGCUACGGCUCGGAAGCCCGAGACGCUCUCAUACCUUCCUGACAGCCCGAACGUCCUCAAACUUGGUCUGGAUGUUACUUCGAAAGAUCAAGUUGCUGAGGUGAUCCAGGCGGCAGUCGACAAGUUUGGCGGCAUAGAUGUCGUGGUCAACAAUGCAGGGUACGGCGUGACUGGUGACACUGAAGUCCUCCCCGAUGCCGAUGCACGCGCACAGCUCGAGACCAAUUUCUGGGGUGCCGUCAAUGUCACUAAGGCGGCUCUCCCUAUCCUGCGAGAAGUCAACCCACCGGGCAAGGGCGGCCUGAUCAUGCAGAUCUCGUCUGUUGGUGGCAGAGUUUGUUUCGCUGGUGGAGCUUACUACCAUGCCAGCAAAUUCGCCCUGGAAGGAUUCACAGAUUCCCUUGCGAAAGAGAUGCAUCCGGACUGGAACAUCAAGUUCACCAUUAUCGAGCUUGGUGCAGUGGCAACCAAUUUUCCGCAGAACAUGGUGCUGCCCCCGCGCCAUCCAGCCUAUGAGGACCCUGCUUGUGGAUAUAAUGCGCUCAGGGCCUACCUUACCAGUGCAGCGAACGCUGUGCAGUGGAAUGAUGCAGCAGUCAGUGCUCAAGUCUUGCAUGAGCUUGCAUCCAGAAGGAAUGACACCACUCCGCCUUUGAGACUCGCCCUGGGCGCCGAUUCUUGGGCCGCUGUCAAGGCCGAACUGGAAGGCAUCAUGAGAGAGCAUGAAAGCUGGAGGACUGUCGCAGAGAGCACUUCCCAUGCCGAGAAUGCACGAGCAACCGAGUUUUUGCUCAAGCACGGUGCGCUAGUUACCUGA